CAUCACUAUUGUCUUUUCUGUCAACAUGAACGUCUCGCCCGUAAACGAUCCACUGGAACUAUUGACGAAUAAGGGCAAUCGCCAGGCUUCUUUCCUGUCGCCCAUAUGGAAUCCCUUUGCCUGCACCCUGGCUGGCUUCGGCCUGGCCAUUUUCGUCAACUGGGGCUUCCGUAAGCCCGUAAUGUCGGGCAUCCAGAAACAUAUUGCCUUUGCGGCCAUUGGCGGUGGUGCCGGCUACUAUUUCGACCAGAAACGAAACGAGUAUCUGGCCAAACGCGAUGCCGUGCUGCGGCACUACAUCGAGCUGCAUCCCGAGGACUUUCCCGUGAAGGAUCGCAAGAAGUACGCCGAUGUCUUGGAGAGCUGGGUUCCGGUCCGCUAAGGUGCGUGCAGACAGCAAUCAAUUGUUGUGAAUCAAACGAUGCCCUGCAGCGCAUUGUCCAUAUAGUUAAUAAAGAAGCUUUAAUUGUAAUAAUGAAUACGAAAAUGUAUGAGAUUCGAGCAAAUCUUUACAUAUUUAUUGAAACAAACAUUUGGUUGGAAUA